CUAGACUGGCCAAGGCAGACCUGUUACACUUGCCUGAGUUAGGCAUUGUUUGCCAUGCCACUAAACCUGCCGCCAAGUGAAACCUUCAUUGGGGAAAUGAGAUCGGAGUCUGAACCGCAGAAGAUGGACGCCCUGUCUCUGUUUUUAUUGUUUUACUUUAAUUUUAUUUCUUUUUAUUUUGUCCCUUUUUUUUGUUUGUUUUGUUUUUGUUUUGUUAAAUCUUUCACUUUUAACUUGUGAGCUGGUCUUCCAGUUCUUUGUAAAUGGUAUUCCAUUAAGAGUUCAUAACGUGUUGCAAAUUUAUGGGGGAAUGAUUACCAGAACUCAACCUUUAGAUGAACUGAAUUGCCAUGCAGUAAGUUAGAGUAUAGCUGAAAAGAUGCUCAGUGCUUUUAAUUGGUCUUUGUGGGUUGAUGAGGUACAUUUUGAUCUUCAAACAUUAAAGCACUUACGAGAAUCUUAGGAACAUUUUCUAGAUGGGCUCAGUGCUUAUUAUUUUUUCCCCAAGUCUACAUCUCUCAUAAAAACCAACUGAUGGCUUAUAAUUUUUAUCCUUCCCCUAGAACUGUAGGCAUAUAAAACCAUCAAGGAAAAUAAGUGCAUUUCUUUUACCAUCUUGAAGUGACGCAGCCAACACGAACGGUUGUCAUGUGUAACACAACUUUCGAUCACCGCGAAAACAGCGUCCUGGGAAAGCGUCCAUGCUUGAUAUCGUUUGGUUCAUGAACAUUAAGUUUCCAGUACAGGUAAAAUCCCAGAGGAAGCCAAAGCCCUGUCUUUACUGGCUCCUGCUCCAACCAUGGCAAGCUUGGUUCCGGGUGCAGGACUGCUCCCCAUACCGACCUCCAGUCCUCUGACGGCAGUGAGUAGUCUUGGUGUUUCACUUAGCAGUUUGGGAGCCAUACCAGCAGCAGCACUGGACCCAAAUAUUACCACACUUGGAGAGAUCCCACAGCCACCACUUAUGGGAAAUGUGGAUCCUUCCAAAAUUGAUGAAAUUAGGAGAACAGUUUAUGUUGGAAAUUUGAAUUCACAGACAACAACAGCUGAUCAACUACUUGAAUUUUUUAAACAAGUUGGAGAAGUGAAGUUUGUUCGGAUGGCAGGUGAUGAGACUCAGCCAACUCGGUUUGCUUUUGUGGAAUUUGCAGACCAAAAUUCUGUGCCGAGGGCCCUUGCUUUUAAUGGCGUUAUGUUCGGAGACAGGCCGCUGAAAAUAAAUCACUCCAACAAUGCAAUAGUAAAGCCUCCUGAGAUGACCCCUCAGGCUGCAGCUAAGGAGUUAGAAGAAGUAAUGAAGCGAGUGCGGGAGGCUCAGUCAUUUAUCUCAGCAGCUAUUGAACCAGAGUCUGGAAAGAGCAAUGAAAGGAAAGGCGGUCGAUCUCGUUCCCACACUCGCUCAAAGUCCAGGUCUAGCUCAAAAUCCCAUUCUAGAAGGAAGAGAUCACAGUCAAAGCACAGGAGUAGAUCCCAUAACAGGUCACGUUCAAGACAGAAAGAUAGACGUAGAUCCAAGAGCCCACAUAAGAAACGCUCUAAGUCUCGGGAGAGGCGGAAGUCACGGAGCCGGUCACGGUCUCGGGACAAGAGAAAAGAUACCCGUGAAAAGGUGAAGGAAAAGGAAAGAGUGAAGGAGAGAGAGAGAGAAAAGGAGAGAGAAAGGGAAAAGGAUCGUGAAAAAGACAAGGAACGGAGUAAAAACAAAGACAAAGACCGUGAGAAAGAAAAGGAUCAUGAAAAGGAGCGAGACAAAGAGAAGGAGAAGGAACAGGAUAAAGACAAGGAACGAGAAAAAGACAGAUCUAAAGAGACAGAUGAAAAACGGAAGAAGGAUAAGAAGUCCAGAACACCACCCCGAAGUUACAAUGCAUCAAGAAGAUCUCGUAGUACCAGCAGGGAAAGGCGGAGGAGGAGGAGCAGGAGUUCUUCCAGAUCACCAAGGACAUCAAAGACCAUAAAGAGAAAGUCUUCCAGGUCUCCAUCUCCCAGGGGCAGAAAUAAGAAAGAUAAGAAGAGAGAAAAAGAACGGGACCACGUCAGUGACAGGAGAGAAAGAGAGCGUUCCACCUCCACCAAAAAGAGUUCUGGUGACCGAGAUGGGAAGGAGAAGGUGGAGAAGACCAACACGCAAGUUAAGGAGAAGGCAGAUUCCAGUGUGAGCAAAGAUGCAGGGGACAAGGACUCACCAAGGACUGAGGAAGAAAACAAAGUGCAGCAGAAUGGGAAUUGCCAGCCAAAUGAAGAGAGCCUCUGUAGCCAAGCCGACGCCGUGUAGGCCCGCCAGCUACAUCUCCCUCCAGGUGGGAGCAAACCCAAAGCUUUCAGUUCACAGCAAGGUGGAAACGGGAAGAAACACAUGUGUGGAAACUAACAGCUUUUCCAGCUAUGAGGUGACAUUGUGGGCAUCUUGUUAUGGAGCGUGGACAUCAUGAAAUGCCAGAUGUUACCCAAACUCACCAUCUUCUGAAGUCUGCGUUUCCAUGGUGGCUGUCACACUUGUCAUGCAGUGCAUUAGUGUUUGCCAGGAGCAUUGCAGAGAAAUUGAACAUCAAAGAUGCAGAGUGGAACUAUCCCUAAAGACUAGAGAUGAGCAUUGGAGGCUCUUACAAAAUGCUAGUUACUGAAUUUUGUAUUGUUUUACUUUUUUAAAAAAAAAUUGAAUAUGUACAGUUUGAUGAUGUGCUUGAAAUUUGUGCAGAUAUACACACUCUUGUAAAGUGCAAAGUAUGUAAGAAGUUUUAACAUUCACUUCACAGGGCUUACAGUGAUUGUGGUAAAUUCUCACUAUUGUGUUUUCUUUUGCUCACUGUUUUGGACAUCAGUUUUUCUUUAAAACAGUUUCUACAGAUUAAAGCUGCCUAAAUAUGUGGAUUAAAAACCAACUGACAAUGCAUGCUACUGUUCUCUUUUAAAAAAAAAAGAACAACUGUGUCGAAUACUACUAACAUGUCAGUAUUCGAUGUUUAGAAUCAUUGGGUCUGCCACACAAUGAGCGUUUCUUCUUAAACUUUGUUGAUAUUUUCAAGCUCAUGAAAAAAAUUUGCAGUGUGUCUUGCCAGCCAUAGGUGGCAAAGAUGCCUUUAUAAAAAGGAAACUGAAUUUUCAAAAUGGGCUAGGGAGCACAAGCUGAAGCUUUAGUGCCUUCUACAAUGUGUGGUGUGCUGCUUUCUAGGAUCUUCUGUGUGCCAGUCAUUGUCAGUUCAUAUGGAAUCUAGAUGGCUGUGUUCUAGUCACACCCAUUGGGAAGUGUGUGCGUCGUGUGUCAGAAGCACUUCUUAAUUCAGUUAAGUAAAGAAAGUCCUGUUUACAAGACUUGGGGAGUUUCAGACAACAAUGUAGUUUUGGGACCACCAGUUUUCUACUGUGAUGAUUAAAAAGGAGAGGAGACAUGCUCUUAGAUCAGAUCAGAGGAAACCUACCAACUGACUUCAUUGGAUGGCCUUAAUAUUACCUCGCAGUCAUUUUCUCCUAAUGAUGCCGAGAUUAUUCUUAAAGGAAGGACUGGGAUCAUAUGGAGGUGGUUUUGUAUUUAACGAUUUGCUUAUGCGAGUUUAAGACACAGGGUCAUCCAUCAGUCUUGGGCUCAGCUUUUUGCAGAAGGUAUGCAAGUAGUAAAAUGACAUCUGUGUUAAUGUUUUCUUCAAAACUAUAAAUUCUAAUUAAUGCACUGUUGAUUGUUAAUAGUUCCAAAACAAACAAAAACCCACUUUCAAUUUGCAAAGGUUAUUUGAAAAUCAAGUGUAAUUAUUUUAAUACAACCUAAUACAAUCAAAUUACUUAGUUGCCUUACCUCACGGGGGAAGAGUUACUUUCACAGAUUUAAAAAGCCAGGUAGCACUUUAGUUAUUUGGUUUCAACUUGAGUCUUGUUUUCACAUUAAUACUGUUGAAACUAUAAUUUAAAGAAUAGAAAGGCCCUUUCUGCAAAUCAUAAAGCCUGGUUCGAUUAUGAAGCUGCUUGAUCAUCUUCAGGUGUUCAGAAUUACUGUGUGUAUAUGUGUGUGUUCUUUUUUGUCACUGUGUACAUUAAACUUUUGGAAAAUACUUUACUAUGUAAAGUAUAGAUGGCCGUUUAAAUCACUUAGCCACAUACGGUUGGCUGGCAAACAGCUUAUUCUGAUACAGAAAUACUUGGGCACCUGUGGAAAGAUUGUGAAGGAGUGUGUCUCGCUUUAACCGCUGUCUUAUUUAUGAUAUGUAACUAGAAUAGAGCAAAUGUUUGAAUCUUUGUUAUUUUUUAGUACCAUUUCUCUAAUAAAGUUGAGUAUUUUAGAGGAAAGACUCUUUAGUUUCAUCCUGCUCUUGUUUUGUUUGGCAUAUGGAGGGUCCGGGACAAUGCAGGCUUUUUCAUUGUCUCUAAAACAGCCCUUUGAAGUUGAGGUGUUUUCCUCCCCUGUGGACCGUUAAAAAUGUUUUCAUGGUGGAUAUUAACAUUUAAUUCCUACUGCUAAGUACUUUUUAUGCAGGUAUUUAUUUUGCUUAAAUAAUCAUUAAUGUAGAAAAUGGUUUUGAAAACUCAGAAUGACUAGGAACACAAGCGAAAGUGAAUUCAGAUGCUGUAGAAUUUGUUUUUCUUAGAAGCAACACUCGCUGGCAUGAGGGAGACAGGUACGCCUAUUUAUUCAUUUACUGUUUUUUGUUAAGGUGUUUUAUUUCUUUCAAGAAUAUUGUUUUUCACCCAAGAUAGAUGGCUGUCAGGACAACCUGAGGUAAGCUGAGAGGAGCCACUCUGACUGACGGCGAGUGUGGUUGUUCUUUUCCUCACUGUGGGCAGUUGAUGCUGUGGGUGGCUUCCCUGUGCACACUGAGCUGGUAUAGGCACCUACCUGGUGGCUGCACAGUGAAGGACUAGCUAACUUAGACAAAAAAAAUUACUGCUCAGCCUGUAAUCUCCAUGUUUAGAAUUCUUUUUUUGAACAGAUUCAGUGUCUGUUAUGUAUUUAUCUUUAUGUUAGAGGCUUAAAUUUUUAUAUACUCAAUUACAAAUAAAAACCAAUGUUUAUAAUCA